GAGCCUAAACGAAAACCAGAGCACGACUAAAGCUGAGCACAGGCCCAACCAAACACAAUUACAUCGACUUCAGCGGGAAGAAGGAAGGCAAGAGGAAAGCGUAAACCGUAACACAUGUACAGGAAAAUAUACAAAAUUCCCCAAAACACUUGUUCAUGGUGUGAAGUGGUAGAGGGUGGUUCCUUUGCCGUACAAUGUUGUCGAGUUGUUCCUAAGUCACAGAAGUUAUAUAUACUCGGGUAAGAGCUAAUCAAAACAAUUGCUGAUUAGUGAUUUCCCCUCAGAGGAUUCUGGGAGUUCCGAGAAACAACCUCAAUGGAUCAAGAAGAACAAGAACAACAAGAGGGAGAACAAGUUGAAGCUCCUCCUUCUGAUGCGACCCCUCAGCAACCCUCCUCCUCUCAGGCCGACCCUCCUGCUCCCCCAUUCGAUCCCAGUCGAAUGAUUGGCAUCAUUAAAAGAAAGGCCUUGAUAAAGGAGUUAGCUGCUGUAUACCAUGCGGAAUGCCUUGCAUACUGUCAAGAGCUCUUGGAACUUCAAAGAAAAUGUGAUGAGCCAUUUAUUGACUUGAAACCUCCAGAGGACUUGAAGAAGGAGACAAUGCGACCCCCCAAGCGGCUAAAGAAAACCCGCUAGCUGCUGAUACUGUUGCGUGCAGCUUACAGUCGAAUCUGCACAGAAAACUCCCUUGGAGUGUACUUGCUAUGUAGUUCCUGACUUUCAACUUGUUUGAGCACAACACAACAUACCCACAUUUUCCUCAUCAAUAUGAUAUAUUAUGUAAAUUUUGAAUGA